AUGGAUCGCCGCGAUUCCCGCGGUAAAGGCCAUGAUCGGGGCAACAAUGGCGACAAGUUGCACCGUGUCGUGUCCAUAGCUUCAUCUGCGUCACUUGUUAGUGUGUCACUACAACAGGAACCGAUUCAUGGAGAGUGCCAGGCAUUGUGUCCCUUGAAAGAAGAGCAGGAACGUCGUGCGACUCACGAGCUCAGUCGCUUUGAGUGUCCGAAUGAAAAUGUCCCAUUCCUCGUGGCCGUGAAGAAAUACCGUCGAGCUGCUGCAGGCCGCGACGUCUUCAUUGCGUCAGCACUGAGGCCAGCGCCUGUGCUGCUGCGCACGCUUCGCCACUUGUUCACGACGGUGCUACAGUGGCCGCAAAGUGGGUUUGACAGCUGUCUACCGACUGUCAACGCCACUUUGCAGCCACUUGAGGCUCGACCGAACGAGUUUCUAGCCCUUUACUACUUUGUCAAUGAUCGCGUACGCAGUGUCCGGCAGGACUUUACCGUGCAGCGAAUUGAAAGUGUGUCAUUGAUGAUAGCGCUGCAGCAGAUUGCACGUUUUUACCUGGUGGCGAGACUGCUGUCGGUGCAGUUGUUGGGAGAUGGCAACUCUGCACAGGAUUGGAGUGACAAGCUGAACGACGAGCAGUUGGUGUCCGCCCUUUCGCAGCUUCGGGCACUGUAUGGUCGGCACAAGCUGAACGAUGUAGAUCAAGACGUAGUUCCCGAACUACAGAACGCAGGAGAAUUUGUUGCGUACGACGUGCUGUUGCAGAUUGACAAACCUCAAGACGUUGCUUGGAUGCUACUUAAACUAUCAUCGAAGCUACGUGGUUUACCGAUGGUACAGCGCGCCCUUCGAACGUUUGUGGCGUUCCAGACUGAUGACUAUCACGCGUUUUUCGUCGAGUUCAACGCCAUGACAGUGCUAGAACGAGCUGCAUUGCUGCACCACCUUUCGAAAGUUUGGACGCGCAGUUUGCGAAUGAUGAACAAAGCCUUCGGUAAGCAGGAUCGCUUUCCGCUCGAAACAUUGGCUCGCUGGAUGAACCUGGUUGGUCCGCAAAGCACGGGCAAUGGUGAUGAACUUGCGGCGAUCCUGUGCGAAGCUUUGGAUAUCCAUACGCAGCGCUGCCCGCAUGAGCGUCCAUCAACUAGAGGCGACGCUAGCAAUGUGGCUGACUGUUGGGAACAUAUUGAUCAAGUCGCCGACCACGACGCAUCGCGGUCCGCAACAAAGCCUUCUGCGUACGGCUUUGCACAAUUCAAAGUCGCGCCACUGCACGACCAGCUCGACUCGAAUGCGGUGAAGCUGCUACUUCGAGAUGUCGCGCAGCGACUGAUGGACAAUCCAGACGCAGCACCAUUGACGGCAACAGACUGGAUCAUGGGUACAUCUACGAGCACGGAUCAAGCUGAUGCAACUUGA